UUCCCGGUUUUCCCUCUUUCCCUGGGUUGCAGCUGCGUUCCCAGCGCCUGGAGCUGGCUGAAGGGGGGAGACCGAGGAACGCGAGCGCUUCGUGGGCAAAAGAGUCCUGCACACCCCAGCUUCCUGCGCAACACCUUUGAGAUCCUGAGCUGUCAUCGCCUCUCCUCCCCAGCCCACCUGCAAGCGCUGGAGUAUGCUCGUCACGUUCUCCCUUUGCUUCAUCAUCUGGUUGAAUCGUGGCUUCAAGUUACGGGAACGGGGCUGUACUUAGGGCCCGGCCGUCCAUGCCAGUGGACCCAGGAGAGCGGCUGUUUCACCUUCAUGCAGAGCUCUUGAGAGGGUAGUGGGACAGCCAUCGACAUCCCACCCCUCUCCCUCACUUUUUCCCUUGCCGGUUCGUUUGCGUGGCCUUUUCCAGGGGACCAUGGGGAGCACGGAGGGCUUCCAGUAUCGGGCCCUCUACCCAUACCGCAAGGAGCGCAAUGAAGACAUCGAUCUGUUACCUGGGGACACCUUGGUGGUGAGCAAGGGGGCCUUGCAGUCGCUGGGCUUUAAGGAUGGAGAUGAGCAGAUGCCAAACCAGAUUGGCUGGAUUCUGGGGGUCAACGAGCGCACCAAACAAAAGGGGGAUUUCCCAGGCACCUAUGUGGAGUAUGUGGGGCCAGUGAAAAUCUCCCUCCCGUCCCAUCGUCCCAGGGUCACCAGGCCCCUGCCCGCCACUCCUGGAACAGGGGCAGCCCACGCUCCGGAGGAACAAGGGGGGACACUUCCAGAACUCUCCGAGCAGUUUGCCCCACCAGAGGUUGCCCCACCUCUGCUGUGUAGGCUGGUGGAUGUGAUUGAGAAGAAAGGGUUAGACAGCAAGAUACUCUACAGAACAUCUGGCUCCGAACUAAGGCAAGCACUGAGAACCGACUGGCCUGCGACUGGCGAUUUGGAGGUCUUGGAUGUGCAUUCCCUCGGCGAGGCUCUCAAGGGGUAUCUGCAAGAUCUGCCAACCCCAGUGGUGCCUCCUUGCGUGCAGGCUGAAAUCCUACGAGUGCUCCAAGAUGUUACCCAACCAGAGCUUUGCCAAAAGCAGUUGCUUUCGCUGUUGGAGCCUCCAGCCAUGCCAUUGCCGCACCUCCUCACCUUCCAGUUCCUGCUGCGGCACUUUUCCAAGGUUGCCGAACAAGCUGAAAGCAAUGGAUUGUCACCUCGGACCCUGAGUGAGAUCUUUGGGGUCCUGCUUCUUCGGCUGCCUCCAGCUGCCAGCUCUGAGACGACACCUGAUGUUCCGACUCUCUUCCUGGAGACCUUACUGCAGACAAAGGAUACUGAGCCAGACCUUCCCCCUCCAGCUCUGCCCCCGAAGCCACCCAAGCCGAAGCCUGCAGCAGCCUCCCUAACCAACGGGAAUGGCACAACCCUCCAGGACGCAGAGUGGUAUUGGGGGGACAUCUCCAGGGAGGAAGUGAAUGAAAAACUCCGAGACACUCCUGAUGGUACCUUCCUGGUGAGAGAUGCUUCUAGCAAGAUCCAGGGUGAAUAUACACUGACCCUCCGGAAAGGGGGAAACAACAAAUUGAUCAAGAUUUUCCACCGGGAAGGCAAAUACGGCUUCUCAGAGCCGCUGACCUUUGGCUCUGUGGUGGAACUCAUCAACCACUACCGGCACGAGUCCCUGGCCCAGUACAAUGCCAAGCUGGACACUCGGUUGCUGUACCCAAUCUCCAAGUACCAGCAGGACCAGGUGGUGAAGGAGGACAGCGUGGAGGCUGUUGGGGAGCAGCUGAAAGUCUAUCACCAGCAGUACCAGGACAAGAGCCGCGAAUACGACCUUCUGUAUGAAGAAUACACACGCACCUCGCAGGAACUGCAGAUGAAACGGACGGCCAUCGAGGCCUUCAAUGAAACCAUCAAGAUCUUUGAAGAGCAGUGCCAGACGCAGGAGAAAUGCAGCCGGGACUAUGUGGAGCGCUUCCGGCGAGAAGGGAAUGAGAAGGAGUUGCAACGGAUCCUGAUGAAUUCAGAAAAGCUGAAGUCUCGCAUUACCGAAAUUCAUGACAGCAAGAUGAAGCUGGAGCAGGACCUCAAGCAGCAGGCCUCCGAAAACCGGGAGAUCGACAAGCGCAUGAACAGCCUUAAACCUGACUUGUUGCAGCUGCGCAAACUCCGUGACCAGUACCUAGUAUGGUUGACCCAGAAGGGGACUCGUCAGAAGAAGAUCAAUGAAUGGCUUGGCAUCAAGAGUGAAACUGAGGACCAAUACUCCAUGAUGGAGGAUGAAGAAGAGUUGCCCCACCAUGAUGAGCGGACGUGGUAUGUAGGCAAGAUCAACCGCACCCAGGCGGAGGAAAUGCUGGCGGGCAAGCGCGAUGGAACCUUUCUUAUUCGGGAGAGCAGCCAGCGAGGGUGCUACGCCUGCUCCGUUGUUGUGGAUGGAGACACCAAACACUGCGUGAUUUACAAGACGGCGACAGGCUACGGCUUUGCAGAACCUUACAACCUCUACGCCUCGCUUAAGGAGUUGGUUUUGCACUACAAGCACACCUCCCUCGUGCAGCACAAUGACUCACUUAAUGUCACGCUGGCACACCCCAUCCUCUCCCAGCCUCCACCAAGAUGAAUGCUUGCAUUCCCUUCCCUACCACUUCCCAUUUCUCACCCUUCCAGAAUCUCUGAUAAAUGGCCUGCCUUUUCCUUGACUGCCCAUGGGAUCAAAAGCCCUUCAGAGUUCCUUCCUGUGUUCACACUUAACUGUGCCCAUUUCUCAAUAUCUUGCUUUCUAUCAAUGGCUCUCAUCCUCAAGUUCAUUUUCCUGCCUACCCUCCUUCCUCCAGGCCAGUGUUUUUCAACCUUGGCAACUUAAAGAUGCAGGGACUUCAACUCGGGAUGCUGGCUGGGGAAUUCUGGGCAUUGAAGUCCCUGCAUCUUCAAGUUGCCAAGGCUGACAAACACUGUUCUGGGCCAAUGUUUUUUUUACAUUUGCUGGUGCAUUUUGAAGAAGCUCUCUAGAUCCUUUCUUCACAUUCCCCUAGUGGCUUUUUUGGUACUAGGAAACUUAACUUACACCCCUGUGCACAAUCUCAGCAGGGAAGCUGUUCUUGGAAAAAGGUGCUUCUGUGGGCUGGCAACCCUUAAGAACUCAAGGAGAGGCCAUUAUUUCCUUUCCUCUUUUUCUCUCUCCUGGAUUUGCCUGGGAAGGACAGGAUGAGACGGUUGAGAGCUCUUCUGGCCUUGCACCCAUGUUGGCAUCCACUCGGCACAGCUCAGUCUGCUUUGCAGUGACUCUCCCCCCCGUGUCAGUUUCCCUUCCUUCCCCAGUGUACAGUAAUAUGUCAGUGAUUGGUUUAGCUUCCUGUGCAGCUGCUUCUGUUCUUAAAUAUGCAAAAAUGGAAGGCAAAAAAGAAAACUCUAUUAUUAUAGUGGUCUUUGGAAGCUCUGUGUGAGGCUUCCUCCCCGCCUCCUGCCUUGCUUUCCAAGCACUUUACCUGCUGCUGAAUGGGGGGGGGGGG